GCUCACUCGGUCGGACAUAACGUAGUUAAUACAUUGGAAGUGUUUGUUCUUCUACUGUGUGUCCCAAAACCCUAACAAAAACCCGUAGUUGCAGUGCGGUGCAUCAAUGGGGAAAGCGAAGGGGAAGCACCGUUUGGAUAAGUACUAUCACUUGGCCAAAGAACAUGGUUACAGGUCUCGAGCUUCAUGGAAGCUGGUCCAGCUCAAUUCCAAAUACCAGUUCCUCGAGUCCGCACGCGCCGUCCUCGACCUCUGCGCCGCCCCCGGAGGCUGGAUGCAGGUGGCGGUGCAGCGCGUUCCCGUAGACCACCUCGUCAUCGGCGUGGACCUGGCGCCCAUCGCUCCCAUCCGCGGUGCAAUCGCCAUCCAGGAAGACAUCACGAAAACAGAAUGCAAGUCCCGCAUCAAGAAGCUCAUGAACCAGCACGGAUGCCGCGCCUUUGACGUCAUUCUGCACGACGGCUCUCCUAAUGUCGGCGGAGCCUGGGCUCAGGAAGCCAUGAGCCAGAACGCCCUCGUCAUUGAUGCUGUCAAAUUAGCCACUCAGUUCUUGGCGCCCAAGGGUAUCUUUGUCACCAAAAUUUUCAGGUCGCAAGAUUACAGCUCGGUGGUGUAUUGCUUGAAGCAGUUGUUUGAGAAGGUAGAGGUGGAUAAGCCUGCGGCUAGUCGAUCUGAAUCUGCUGAGAUAUAUGUUUUGGGCCUUAGGUACAAGGCACCUGCCAAGAUUGAUCCGCGACUUCUUGAUGUGAAGCAUCUUUUUCAGGGGUCUGUGGAACCGCAGCCUAAGGUGGUAGAUGUACUUAGAGAUACUAAGCAGAAAAGGCAUCGUGACGGCUAUGAAGAUGGAAACACAACUUUAAGGAAGAUAUCUUCAGCUUCAAAUUUCAUUUGGUCAGAUUCUCCUCUGGAGAUCCUUGGUUCAGUCACUUCUAUAACCUUUACUGAUGCAGCUGAUAAACCAAUCAAGGAUCAUGAUCUAACAACUGAAGAGGUCAAAUCUCUGUGCGAUGAUUUAAGGGUUUUGGGGAAGCAAGAUUUCAAGCAUCUUCUAAAGUGGAGGAUUCACAUUAGAAAAGCUCUUUCACCAACUCAGAAGCAUGAUCCUCCUACCACUAAAGAAGAGACGGAAAAUGAGCCAAAGGUGGACGAAGAAGAUAGAUUACUCAAUGAAAUGGAGGAACUGACUAAUGUGAUGGACCGCAAGAAGAAACGUGCAAAGAAGCUUCUUGCUAAAAGAAGAGCCAAGGACAAGGCACGGAAAGCAACAGGGAUGCAAAUGGAUGCAGUAGAAGAUGGUUAUGUAGAUCACGAGCUGUUUUCCCUUUCCUCCAUAAAGGGAAAGAAAGAUCUGGUAGCUGUUGACAACACUGAGUAUGAAGGUGACGAGGGUGAAGUUGAAGAUAGUGAGAAUGAAGAAAUCCAUGAAAGCCCAGAGCAUUCAUCCAGUGACUUGGAAGAUUCAGAUGAGGAACGGAAAAGAUACAAUGAACAAAUGGAAGAUUUGUUGGAUAAAGCUUAUGAGAAGUUUGUCAUCAGAAAGGAAGGAAGUGCAAAGCAGCGUAAGCGAAUUAAGAAAUCCUAUGAGGCAGAGGCCCAACUUUUGGAGGGCGGUGAGGAUGAUGAUAUUGUUGAAUCCAAGUAUGAUUCCGAUGAAGACAAGGGUGAUCAAGAAGCAAAUCCAUUGAUGGUGCCACUUAAUGACGGGGCAGAACCGACCCAAGAGGAGAUCAUGAAAAAGUGGUUUAGUCAGGAUAUAUUUGCUGAAGCUGCAGAGGAAGGUGACUUUGAGAAGGAUGAGAGUAAAGAUGAAAUGGAUAUAGAUGAUGAGCCUAAGGAGAAGACAUCCGUUGCAAAAAAGGUCAAAGAAAAUAAAACAGCAGCUCCAGCAGUGGUAGAUCACCCUCAACCUCAAGCAUCCAAGACACUAGAUGAUUUUGAAAUAGUUCCUGCGCCUGGCACUGAUUCAAGUGAUGAUUCAUCCUCUGAUGAAUCGGAGGAAGAUGUUGAAACCAAAGCUGAGAUACUGGCUUAUGCAAAGAAGAUGAUGAGAAAAAAGCAACGGGAGCAGAUAUUGGAUGAUGCAUAUAACAAGUACAUGUUUGAUGACGAGGGAUUGCCGAAAUGGUUUCUAGAUGAAGAGAAGAAGCACAGGCAACCAGUAAAGCCUCUUACGAAAGAGGAAAUUGCUGCAAUGAGAGCGCAAUUUAAAGAAAUUGAUGCCCGGCCUGCAAAGAAGGUGGCGGAGGCCAAAGCACGGAAGAAGCGUGCUGCAAUGAAGAAGCUUGAGAAGGUACGGAAGAAGGCGAAUGCCAUAUCAGACCAGACAGAGAUUUCUGAUCGUUCGAAGAGGAAGCAAAUUGAACAACUGUAUAAAAAGGCUGUUCCGAAGAGGCCUAAAAAGGAAUAUGUAGUUGCAAAGAAAGGUGUACAAGUAAAGACUGGCAAAGGAAAAGUCCUUGUUGAUCGAAGAAUGAAGAAGGAUGCUAGGAAACAUGGAAUGGGUAAGGCAGGAAAAGGAGGUUCCAAGGGGAAGAAGGGUAAGGCUUCAAAGGGCAAAGGAGCUUCGAAGGCUUCCUCUGCCAAAAAGGGAAAACAGAGGACUAAAUGAAAAUAGAUUGAUACGUGACAAACUUCAGAGUUCAAAUUAAUUCGCUUCGCCUUAUUUUCUAGGCCCAAAUUUUGUUUUUCAUUUGCUUGUGUUAUUGUGCAUUUGAUAUUAUAAAUUAAAGAAUGGAGGUUUUUGUCGUUCAUAAAGGAAAACGAUAAUGUAUUGAUAACUUGUCUUAAUUAGAAGCUAGUAAAGUUCUUAGUUUCGAAAUUAA